AUGACUCGCCUACUCCUCCACAAGGGGGCACACGUCGAGGAUCACGAUGUUGACGGAUAUACUUCCCUGCACACCGCGGCCUGCAAGGGCCACAUCAACAUCGUCAACAUGCUCCUCGAGCGAGGCGCGGAUGUCAACGCGAUCAACACCAGGCAUAACACACCUCUGCAUCUCGCCACGCUUCAAGGCCACGACGACAUCAUCGGGCUUCUCGUUGACCGAGGCGCAGUGCUCGAGGCCCGCAACGAGGAUGGAUGGACUCCAUUAUACCUCGCGGUAUACUACCGUCGCGCGUAUCGGAUAAUCGAAGUGCUGCUCAAACUGGGCAGCGAUCCGAGGACACGCGCAGACGACGAUACGACUCUCUUGGAUGCUUUGGGCGAAGCUGAGUCGUUGCCGGCGAGACUCGAGAACGUUUCGGGCAUCCGAGAGUUGCUUCAGCGAGCGGGAUGCACUGAGAAGACCGGCAGGUUUCCCAUCAACUCUUUCAGGCGCCGGGCCGGAGAAGCAAAGGCGAGCACCUGA